GAGCAGAAAAUUAGUCAAGUUUUUGAGUACUUCAAACUCAAGAGAUCGCAGGUUCUCUCUUAACGAACCAGCACCAUAGGUAGAAAAAAGAAAACUUCAGAAUUUAUCUUGCAGCGUCCCAUAACUAGAUCCAUAACCGGGGACCAUAACAACUUGGUAUCAGAGCCGGAGUUUAUGGGAGACCAAAUUCAACAUCAACUAACACAAUUAGUGAAUUUGUUCCAAGAAGAACGUGCAGCCAAUUUAGCCAGACAUGAAGCAACAAAUGCUUGCUUGGAUGCACUGACACAAGAUUUAGUAAAUUCUAAGGUCGAUUCUGAUUCAACUGAACAUAUCAGUCAGAAUCGCGGUUGGAAGGGUAAAAACAGAGUGGCAGGGGGGUCAGGAUCAGAAACAGGUGGAAGUUUCAUCAUUCCUCGACAUACAAAACUGAAUUUCCCACGAUUUAAUGGCCAAGAGGACCCUUUGGGAUGGUUGAACAGGUGUGAACACUUUUUUCGACACCAACAAACACUGGAAGAAGAAAAGGUUGGACUUGCUUCUUUUCAUUUGGAGGGCAAUGCACAACUUUGGUUUCUUCAAUUACAGACAGAUCUGCCUCAACUAUCUUGGGAUGACUUCAAAUGUCAUUGUAACCUUUGUUUUGGGCCACCAAUCAGAAGUCAGAAAUUGGGAGAAUUGGCUAAGCUACGCCAGAUCGGGUCUGUGGCAGAUUACCAAGAAACAUUUGAGCAGUUAAUUUCGCGGGCUGGUACACUUACGCAGUCACAAAAAAUUGAACUUUAUAUCAGCGGUCUUACUGAUUAUAUAGCAAUUGAGGUUGAGUUGCAUAAUCCUCCAGAUUUGGCUACGGCGAUGAGUUUAUCCCGACUUUAUGAACGCAAGGAACAACCCAUUUGUUCGCAAUUGUUAGAUGCUUGCAAAUCAAAGACAACAGAUUUCUCACCUCAACAACAUGUCAGAUUUGUGAAGAAACUGACCAGAUCUGAAAUGGAGGAAAGACGACUUAAGGGACUUUGUUUCAACUGUGAUGAACCAUUCACUCGAGGUCACCAGUGUAAGAAGUUAUUCUGGAUUGAUUUCAUUAACGAUGAAGAAGAAUUACUUUCCACACUUAGCGCUUGAGGACAAGCGCGAUUUGAAGAAGGGGAGUAAUGUUAGUACCCUUUUAGUCUACCAACAAUUUUAUGCAUGGAAAUUAAAUCAGUAGCUAUUAAUUAUG